UGGUCCCGGCCCUGGCGGGGCGCGGGGACAAGGAUGCUCCCCGCGGGGGCGAGUGGAGCUCCCGUGUGAGGCUUUGGCUCCCCGGGCUUUGGACUCUCCCAGGCUGGGGCCUCGCUAAGGGACCGGCCGGUGCUAUGCGUGCCCCGAGUGUUUCAUUAGGAAUGGCGUUCUGUCAUCGCUAAUUGGGGAGGCAGGAAGUGACUGCUGAAUAAACCCCAUUACCUCCGUGCGGGAAAAACUACUCGGUAAGUCCCGGCCAUUUUAAUUAGGUAGUCUGAAAAAUUCUCUUUCUUGUCGUUAGCGGUGAAUGGGAGAACCUUUCCUGGCAUCUUAGGAGCCUUAGCCAGUGGGUUUCUAUGGAAUGCGGCUUCUCCGAAAAUUGUUUCUAACCCUCACUGUUUGGUAAUGCCUAUUGGGGGGAGGCCACUGGGGAUUGUAAUGAUCUAAUCUUGCUGUCUGCUGCAUAGUAUGGGCUGGGUUGCUUAACCUUUGGUUUGCCAGGGCCUUGGGGCUGUGCAGCAGUUGAAUAAUUAAAACAAUCUGCAGGUGUGGCUUGUUGGGGAGAAAACGGUGCUGUGUAGUUGAAAUAUUUAGGGCUGCUCAGUGAGAAGUAAUUAAAUAUACUGGCUGAUGAAAAUUAUUUUCAGGUGUCUUGAGUAUGUGGUGUUCCUUGGAUUGCAAAGUUCUUUUACAAAUAGAAUAUUUACUUUCAAGAGUGUUUUGUUUGAUUUUGUUGCUUCAUAUAAAUUUUUUUUAAAACUGCAGUUUGCCUUUUUUGGUGUGGUGUAACUGUAGAAUUAUAGGGCUUAAAGGGAAUUCAGAGGCACCCAGCCCUGCCUUCCACAGCUGACAGAGGUACAGGUGUUCCUCCUCAGACAGGUAUUUGCCAAGCCUAUACCUCUGAGCCAGAGGAUUCAACAACCUUCUGAAGUAGUUAAUGUACUGCAGUGUUUCUCACUGACUAGAGCUACAAGGAAAAUUUUUUUACAGGUAUCCCUUCUAAAUCUAUACUGCAAAUUAAGCUGGUUGAGCAAUCUUAACUUACAGACAAAUGAAGCAGAGCAAUGUUAACAAUUGCUUUGCCAGUGCUACUGUUUCCCUGGACUUGACUGGCAUAGAAUCCAUGGACCAAUGUCGUCACACACUGGAGCAGCACAACUGGAACAUAGAGGCAGCUGUACAGGACCGACUGAAUGAGCAAGAAGGUGUCCCAAGUGUCUUUAAUCCUCCUCCAUCGCGGCCGCUGCAGGUCAAUACAGCCGACCACAGGAUCUACAGCUACGUUGUCUCAAGGCCACAGCCAAGGGGCCUGUUAGGAUGGGGUUACUACUUCAUAAUGCUUCCAUUCCGAUUUACCUAUUACACAUUACUUGAUAUAUUUAGGUUUGCUCUGCGUUUUAUACGCCCUGAUCCUCGUAGUCGGGUCACUGACCCAGUGGGUGACAUUCUUUCGUUUAUUCAUAUGUUUGAGGAAAAAUAUGGGAGGAUACACCCUGUCUUCUAUCAGGGAACUUACAGCCAGGCACUGAAUGAUGCCAAGCGGGAGCUGCGCUUCCUGUUGGUUUAUCUUCAUGGAGAUGACCACCAAGACACAGAUGAAUUCUGCCGCAAUACACUGUGCGUACCUGAGGUGAUCACCCUCAUAAACACCAGAAUGCUCUUCUGGGCUUGCUCAACCAAUAAACCAGAGGGAUACAGAGUCUCCCAGGCUCUGCGAGAGAACACAUACCCGUUCCUGGCUGUGAUUAUGCUGAAGGAUCGCAGAAUGACGGUAGUUGGGCGGCUAGAAGGCCUCAUCCAGGCUGAUGACCUCAUUAAUCAACUGAUGUUCAUCAUGGAUGCCAACCAGACGUACCUGGUGUCUGAACGCCUGGAAAGGGAAGAGAGGAACCAAACCCAAGUUCUGAGGCAGCAGCAGGAUGAAGCAUAUCUGGCAUCCUUGCGUGCAGACCAGGAAAAGGAGCGCAAGAAGAAGGAGGAACGGGAGAGGAAGAAGAAGAAGGAGGAGGAAGUGCAGCAGCAAAAACUGGCAGAGGAGAGGCGGCGACAGACGCUGCAGGAGGAGAAGGAGCGGAAGUCUGAAUGCCUUCCUCCCGAACCACAUCCCGAUGACCCAGAAAGCGUUAAGAUCAUUUUCAAACUGCCUAAUGAUUCCAGAGUGGAGCGGCGAUUCCACUUCACACAGUCAUUGACGGUGAUCCACGACUUCUUGUUCUCCUUGAAAGAAAGCCCUGAAAAGUUCCAGAUUGAGGCCAACUUCCCUCGCCGUGUCCUGCCCUGCCUCCCGACAGAGGAGUGGCCCAACCCACCGACGCUGCAGGAGGCCGGACUCAGCCACACGGAAGUCCUCUUUGUGCAGGACCUUACGGACGAUUGACACUUUUCCAGAAGACACAAAAAUGGAAAGAGAAAUUCAUAUUAUUAUUAUAAUACAAUAUUUUUUUUAAAAGACUGCGUACAAACGAGGGAUCAGAGACCACAUCGCCUGUGCCAGCUGUGCUGCGUGUGUGCACUGGCGAGAGGAAGCGUGUGUGUGUCCUCACACACCUGUGUACACAGCCAUCCCCUACACUUGGAGGGCAGAGAGGGAGGGGAGCUGGUGUUGCCCCUCCACCCUCCCUGGGGAGGAACAGGAAUGGCAGCUCUUGGUAAUUAUUGCUUUUAUUGAUGACAAUAAUAAUAAAACCCCAACAACCUGACAUCUUGUGAAGAUUUGAUACUCUGCUGCUCCUGACUGCCAGAAGACCGGGCACCUGAAUGUGCUGGGAGUGGGGGGGAGGGGGGAAGGGCUGGACAGAAUCUCUUCAGCUUCCCUCUGUGUAUAAAUAUCUUUCUUUUAAUACUUCUCUUGCUUUGUAAUGACCAAAGGAGAAUGGGGUUGACUAUAGUAUUAACUUUUUGAUAAAGAGCUGCUUCAAUUCUUACCUGUGUGGGGUCUUGCCCAGGGUUCUUAGCCUGCGUAGUGUAAUAA